ACGAUGACGCCGUCAUUCUCACAGUGUUGGAAUGAAAAAGACGGAGGCCUAUUCGUAAGUUCAAAGCGAACGCUUGGAGAAAACUGGUUCCUAGCCAUAUCCGUCAUGGUUGGUAACGUCUUCGCAGUACGGGAAAUUUUCUUACUCGCCAUGCUCGUCACAGCUUCCCUCUGCUGUUAUUUUCCGCCAAUCAAGAGACAUGACAAGUGGCACAAACAUCUAAACGGCUCGACCACCUGCACUAGCAACAACUGCAAUCAUAGUGCCAAAGAAACUCUCGGGUAUAAUUCAGUAAACACUGAAUGAAGGCGUGAAUAAAAUGGGCCUUGUUGAACA